AUGUCUCGCAUAAGAAAUGCUGAUCCAGUUUUCAUGCAAUAUAUUUGGAGCGCAGUCGAAAGCUGCAAGUCAUCAGCUACCGAUGCUAGUCUAAUCAAUAUAUACAACAUAUUACACUCUGGUGACGAUAGGAUUACUCUUGAAAAGGUGCAGCAAGAGCUAAUAUAUUGUGUUGGAGAUGGUAGCAUCAUUCUGAGAGAUGAUGUUUACUCAAUUCCUACAACUUUUGAUUCAUGUUUGACGUCCAAGCACGAUUGGUAUUGUUUUGAAUGCCAUCUUCCUGGAUGCACAAUUUACUGUCCAACUUGUUUUCGAGUCUACCACGCAGAUUGCCUAGAGAAUGCUGAGGCUUCUCAAGCAACGAACAGAUUGCCUCGUGAAUGCUUGGGAGACAAACAGCCUAUUAAUUCUAGAGAUUUUCCUCCGAAUGGACCUUGUGCCGUGUGCAGACGCCUCGCUGAAGCAAGUUCCUACAAAGAAGAGAAAGUCGGUGAUCUUCAUCAAAUAUUUUUAGUUGCUCUUGAAAAAAUGAAGCACAAGUUACAUUGGAAAAACAUGCAAAAAGUUGGCUAUCUAGAUGAUUUUUCUCGCAACUCGUUCUUGAUGUUUAAACAACUGAACACUCGGAUACUCUCUGAAAAAUUGAGGAUUCCAUGUCCAUAUCCUAAUUCCUACUCCAAUCGCUCGUCUCUCCUUGCCGAUCUGGACAUUUUGGUACAUAAUGCAGCCGUAGUUUAUCAUUCUAAGGAUUCUAUGAACAAUAUGGCCCGUUUAAUUCGAUCCCAACUUCGUCACGAGAUGCGAGAGUCAACAUUCUGUGUUGAUUGUUAUAUGCGCUCCAAGCCUGGUAAAACUGGGAAGCAAAAAGAUGCCGUUAGUCGGCUGACUGCAGCUUGCCGUGAGCCACAUCGUCUCAUUUGGUUUCAACAUAACGGCUUUUCUUUCCGGCCUUGUAAAGUUCUGUUUGAAAAUUCAGAUGGCUAUGAAGUCGUAUGCUUUGGCUGGCGGCAUGAACGUGAAUUUGUCUUGCGAUCAAGAGCGGCUAACAUUUCUUUCACUGCUUCAGAAUUAGGGCUUAGGCAGACUCCGCCUCUCAAAAAAGCACUUGACGAGUUGGAAGAAUAUAGAGCCAAUCAGGCAGCUGCCAAAAAUGCUAAGUUUUUAUCUUCAAUUGCUCCAACUUCUCACUUAAAUAGUCGCCCACCUGUGACUUGGACAUCAAACAACUCGAACAAUUCGCUUCCUACACCAAGUGGAUCUGAGGCUUCUGGACAACUCUCUAUUCCAAAAGUUAGAAAAAGGACUGCCUUAGAGACUGACAGUGAUUUUGAUGAUGAAACCCUUUACUUGGAACCUGAGUUAAAUGAUUCCUUUGCACCUGUAAAAAAAAGGGGUAGAAAAAGCAAGAGGAGACACAAAUUCCAUUCGCAUCUGCAAAACAUUCCUCAGACAUCAAAAGGUAGCAGACAGUCUCCACAUCUUCAUGCAGACUUACGUCUACGUGGUCCUGACUUUAUGUCUUCUAUUUGGGCCUACAAUUAUUCCAAUGCUCCCAUCCGCUAUUAUGUCCUCUAUAUCCGUCGCGGAGUAUUGAGUUCGGUGCGUAGACUAUCGAUCCUACCUGCGCUCGCUGUCGUGCCAGUUCUAUGUAUGGCUCAUUCAUCUACUGUCUUUCUAUCUCUGGUAUUGUUUCUGACAUCCUUCGUGUCCGCACUAACCUCCUUGUCAGGCUGUUUAGGCGAUGUAUAUGCUUGUCUUUCACAUACGCUUGACGGUAUCGCUGUUUGUCCUUUACAUCACCCCACUUCCUUCGCUUGUGGACGCAAAACAUUUUGCUUGCGGCCCCAUUUGCUCUCACUCUCGUUCUUUCGUCUCGCUCUUAGGAUGGCCUGGCCCAAAUUUUGCCGUCUCUUAAUGGCGCUGCCUGGAACCUGCCUUGCCUUUGGACGGCAUCCUGUCUUUUCGCGCGUUGUAUGCGCAAAGUCUGUUGAAUGGGCCAGCGAAUGCGCCAGCUAA